UAAAUCAAUUUGCUAAUGCUUUUGGUGUUAUCAUAUGUCUGGGUUGAUGAGGAGUUGAACAACAUAUCAUGGAAAGCAAUUGACUACCCAGGAAGUGACCCUCAAUUCAAACCUCCAUCCAACCUAAAAGAAAAAGACAGUAAAUCAAAAGAAGUUGAUGAAGGCGAAGAAGCUGAAGAGCUUUAUGGGCCUCUUUUCAAAGGCAUUGUCAAUCUACAACACCAACAACAGAUACAAGUAGCUGUAGGAGCCCUUAGAAAAUUUGGAUUUCCAGUCACUCUUCUUUCCCCAACCACCAAGCCUCCCAACCCUUCAAUGAUCAUCAAGUGCGAUGCAGUGGUGGUCGGGUCCGGGUCAGGCGGCGGAGUGAUAGCUGGGGUGUUGGCUAAUGCAGGGUACAAAGUGCUUGUAUUAGAGAAAGGAAGCUAUUGUGCUAGAACAAACCUGUCACUCCUAGAAGGGCCAGCCAUGGAAGAAAUGUAUCAAUCAAGUGGUUUGGUGGCAACUGAUAAUAUGAAUGUGCUUAUACUUGCAGGCUCUACUGUUGGUGGAGGGUCAACAGUAAAUUGGUCAGCUUCUAUUGAAACACCAAGUCAUAUAACUAGAGAAUGGUCAGAUGAGUAUGAAUUGGAGUUGUUUAGAAGCAAUUUAUACAAAGAAGCAAUUGAUGUAGUGUGUAAGAAAAUGGGAGUUCAAUCAAAAAUUGACAAUGAAGGGUUUAACAAUGCAGUUUUAAGAAAAGGGUGUGAGGAAUUGGGUGGUCAUGCUAUCACUAUUCCUAGAAAUUCAACUUCUGAUCAUUACUGUGGUUGGUGCUGUCUAGGAUGCAGGGAUGGAAGAAAGAAGGGGACUGCAGAGACAUGGCUUGUGGACUUGGUAAGGUCGGGAAAUGGCGUUAUACUUCCAGGCUGCGAAGCCAUUAAAAUCAGACAGGAGAAGGAACAUGGGAGAGAACGUAAGAGGGCAAAAGGCGUUGCAUUUGAAUUCUGGUGUGGAUCAGCAGCCAAACAGAUGUGCUUGGUUGAGUCCAAGGUGACUAUAGUGGCAUGUGGGGCUCUUAAUACUCCUCCAUUGUUGAAAAGAAGUGGGUUGAGAAACCCAAAUAUUGGAAAAAACUUGCAUCUUCAUCCUGUAACAAUGGCAUGGGGUUAUUUUCCUGCAGAAACUGGUAUGUGAUAACUCACAUACUAUCAUAUUUCUACCAAAAAGGUAACACGGCACAAACGAAUCACAGUAGCAUAUCACCAACAAUAUUUGGGUAGCUCACUCCAACCAAAGGAUUUUAGAAAAGGAAGAGUUUGUCAUGUGACAAACUGUGGUUAGAUGAAAGAGGAGUGGGCUACAAAAAGAGGAGUGCUAAGUGCCAUGUCUUUUUAGAAAAAAGUGGAAGAAACUCAGUCAAAUGCUUCUCUAAAAGCAUUCUAGUUUUGCUUUGUUUGUAGAAGUAGAAAUAAUCAAAUCUUAGCCAAAUAACACUCUUUUUACCA